GGUAAAGGUUAAGCAAAGAUGAUAGAAACAAGGUUAAGUUGUAGAGGUUUUCGUGUACUGAAUUAUUGUAUUAGAAGAUUUAGUUAUGGAAGUUGAAAAUUGUGAUUUCCAGUACCUAGAUAAAGAAAAAUUAAAGAAUCUAGAGAAAGACGAUUCAAAUUUCCCCAAGCUAUGUGCAACGGCUUUAUCAGAUAUUCAACUCGAAAAACUAACUGUAUUGAAUUUAGUUGAACUAAUAAGUGACCUUUUAACUAAUCAAUCUUAUAUUAAGAGAGAAUUGGGCUUGUCAAUAUUAACAUAUAUUUUGCAAAAUUUAAAUAAAGAUUUUUUAACUUCUGACCAGUUGCAAGUGUUAUCCUCUUACUUUUCAGAAAAGUUGAGGGAUCAUCAUCAGCUUAUCCCAACAGUCUUGGAAGGCCUCUUCGCUUUGUCACAAUUUUCAAAAACUCCUUCAACAUCAAUAAUUCAAUUAUUGACAUCAAUUUUUCAACAUGUAGUUUGUCAACAGCAACAACAACGGGAAAGAUAUACAAUUUACCAAAUUUAUGAACUUGUACUAAAAAAAUACUCAUUAGAUGUAAAGAACUUGGGUCCAGACAUUGUUUAUGGAAUAAUUUCAUCAAUUGAUGGCGAAAGAGAUCCUAAAAAUUUGUUGUAUCUUUUCAAUUGGCUUCCACUGUUUUUACAAACUGUACAGCUAGGUCAUUUAUCAGAAGAAAUGUUUGAAGUUUUAGCGUGCUAUUUUCCUGUAGACUUCAAAGCACCUCCAUCUGAUACAAAUAAAAUCACCAGGCAGGAUUUGGCCAAUGCAUUAUGUUUAUGCCUAACUGGAGUUGUGGAUUUUGGAGAAUAUUGUUUACCCCUAGCUUUGGAGAAGUUUGAAUCUGCUUUAACAAUUGCUAAGGAGGAUUCAUUAAUGUUACUAAAAAAAGGCUGUGACAAUUUUCUUACAACUGUGUACAACCAGUAUUCAGUUGAAAUUUGGUCCCAGUUGCAGAAAGAGAUUCUGAGUAGUAGUAAUGACGAAUUCAGAGAGAAAUGCUUGGAGACAUUUACAGCAGUUGUUGACAAACUAUCUGGGGGGGAUGAAAAGGAAUACAUUAGUUUUUUAAGCAACAUUUUUGAUUCUUUGAAAGGGAAUUUAUUUCCAGAUUAUAAAUUAUUUCUGCCAUCAUUAUUGAUUAUUAUAUCAGUAGGUAAAGCAAAUAAAAAAUCAUCUUUGUAUGUGUGCAAGAAAAUAUUGCCCCUGUUAGAAAACACUUAUAGUAUCACAACAAAUACAAAGGAUAAAGUACAUUUAUUAAGCAAUAUUAUGAAACUAGUUGACUGUUUUCUUAUGCAUAAUAAUGAUAUUAAUGAAUGUAGGGAAGUUGAAAACUCUAUAACAAGUUGUGUGGAAGCUAUUAUUGGUUUAGAUGUUGAGCUUAAAAUUCAGGGCUUUAAUGGUAUAACAAUUCUUGUGAAAUUGUUACCUAAAAAUGUUAGAGAACUUGUAAUUGAACAUCUUAUUCAGACAAUAAGUAAAAAUGAGAUGUUAAAGCUGGCUAAGUGUCAAUGUUUAGAACAAAUGGCAAUUCAUUAUCCUGAGGAGGUAAAAACUAAGAUUUGCCAAAAGGGAGGAAUAACAGACACAGCUCAAUUAGAUUCAUACUUGGAAAUUUUGUGUACACUUUCUCAUUUAUCAUUCUUUAAAACUUUUGUGGUAGAUACUUUAUUAAAUCACACUUUAAACAAGGUAACUGAAACACCUGUGGGUCUGAAUCAUAUCAAUCGCGAAGUAGAAAAAUCUGACAGUAUGCGCCUUAUUUUUCAAGAGAAUAAUUUUAUAGAAGAAUUAAUUCAAUUUGUUAAACAUCAAGAACAUAAAAUACUUUUGGAAAACACUUUCCUAAAAAAUAUAAUGCAAGUUUUGACUAAACUAGUUAGACAUUUGCCAAGUGAUCAGCAGAAAAAAAUAGUGAUCCUAUUUUCCACAACAAAUUUCAAACUUAAGCAACUGUAUGUAGCUGUGCUUACUGGUAUUAAUAUUCCUUUGAAUCCAGAUGUAUUAAGGGACACUAUUAACAUCUCCUCUGUACUAGAAGGUUGUUUUGAUGUUGAUGUAUUCAUCAAGGAUGCUUGUUUGAAAGUUUUAGCCAGUUUAAUAAAUAAAAUGAAUGACGAAAGUAUUUUGUUAGAAAAUUUAAAUAUAUUAAAAAGGCUAUUUACGUCAAAACAGAGCCCAGAACUUGAAGCAAUGUUGUGGACAACAAAAGCUCUUGUGAUGAGGAACCAUCAUCAGGCUUGGAUAUGGACUGAUCAAUUACUAGCCUUGCUUGAUUCAUAUGAAGAAAUUUGCAAUGGUUUCCCUAUUAUAAUGAAUGAUUGUCCGGAGUUAUCAGUUGACAACUUAUCAAAUGUAAUGCCUUUAUAUCGUCAAAAGUUUUUUAUUUAUUGCACAAAUAAACUUGCUGACGCAUAUAAUCCCACAAAGCAUCAAUAUCUAACUGUGAUUGGCUACUUAAUAGAGUUUGCCCCAAAAAUAGCCAUUAUAGCACAAUUCCAGAAAAUUUAUAAGUUAAUCAUACUUUCUCUGGAACAGUGUCAAAAUCCUAGAAUUCUGGAAAUCAUUUUGGAUCAAAUUUACGAAUUUACAGAAACUAAAGAAUCAGUCAUCGCUGAUCAUUUAGAAGACAUUCUUUUAAGAGUACUCAAUCUUACUACUUAUAAUUUGAAUAUGAGGGUUCGUAUUGCCGCCAUAAAAUGCUUAAAAACGUUUGUAAUAUCUUAUGAGGUUUAUAAGCUGUUGCCUUUGAAAGAAAAAGUAAUUAAGCAUUUGGGCAUUUGCCUAGAUGACAGAAAGAGAUUAGUGAGGAAAGAAGCUUCUGAUACAAGGUCGUUGUGGUUUUUGCUUGAUGCUGUUAUUUAAUACUUAAUAGAUAAGUAAAAACAAAAUUGGCAUGAGAAGGAAUUUGCUGAAUGGGAAUAAACACAUGUUUUUAUUUUGGAAUCGUUUACUCA